AUGUGCGACUAUAAUGCACAAAUGGUGGAGCCUGGUGGAAAUUUUUCUGAAUUGCACCAGGUUGUAUCAAACAUUCUUCGCAGCAAUUCGUUACUGGACGAUCAAGGUCUUCCCGAAAAGAGGAUUGAAAGUGCGGCAUUAUUGCUGACCGCAUUGCCUUUAUUGUUGGCCAAAAGUAACCAAAGUUUGGCAUUUUUGCACCGGCCAGACUCGUUACUGUUUCUAGAGUAUCUUGAUCGCAAUUAUCCCCCUGCGACCGAGUUGGGCAUCUCGAGUUACUUGGACAAUAGUAAAUUGAUUCCGGUAUCUGCUACUGCAUCGAACGAAGAAGCGGAUCACAUCUUAUUGGAAUAUCCAAGACAGCAUGAUUGGAAAAUAUAUGCUGGAUUUGAUGUGCGACGAGCAAAAAGUGACAAUACAAAUGUGAAUUUCAAUCCACUAGAACUCAUGGCACUCUUUUACCAGAAAGAGAUCACGGAACUUGAGGAUCACGAGUCUGAUGACCAAUUGUCCAAGUUUUAUGCAACCGAAUGGACAUUUAAUCGUACGCUGGAAUUUCCAGAUAUUUUACCUUUUCAAAUGACGUUAAAUCUCCUAAUUCGAGAAAACACGACUAAUUUUGUGUCCAACGUAUUGCUUUCUCAUGGUGCGGUGCCACCUAAGAUCACUUGUCAAGCUGUGAAAAGGAUGUUGUAUGUAGCAAGACUUCAAUGGAGUGAUUUAGCAGCAACCUCGCCUCUUGGACACAAUGACUCAGCAUGUAUUGCUGCAAUAACGAACGGCAAUUUCUCGAAUGAAUUACGACAUUUUCUAUCCAGUCUCGUUACAAAAUUGUUUUCGCCUGACCAGUUGAACACGCUGGAAGUUGCAGCACUACCAAAAAGGCCUGCAACCUUGAAAGCGGGCCCAUUGGAGUCGAAUAUUGUCUUCUUACUGGCCUACUUGUUUCUAUGGCCAUAUGCGCUUUUAAUUCGGAAUAUUGUACUCGAGAAAGAACAGCAAUUGAAAGAGUAUCUGCUGAUCAUGGGAUUACCAGCCAUGUCGCUUUUGAUUAGCUGGUUCUUGCUCUUUUUUUUUGCAGCGACUGUCGUAGCAAUGAUCGCUGCGUUAUUGCUAAGUGGCAGUAUGUUUGCCGCAACUUUAGAUGGGACAAUCUACUUCUUUUUAUUGUUGAUGAUCUUUGCCUCCAGUGUCUUGUUAUUCGGUGUUGCCAUUACUCCGAUCUUUAACAAAACGAAGACAGCAGCAGCGUGUGCACCGCUUAUUUACUUUGUAUUGAGUGCUGGAACGUUCAUCCGCUCAUUAGUGGGCGAUGAUGCUGUGGCUUCGUCGGAAUCGCUGACGUUAUUGCUUGAAUUUCUUAAUGAUAUCAGCUCACCUGUUGUGUUCAUGUCGACAUUGCACGGUAUUUUAGGAUUUGAUGCCGUAUCAUUAUCAAUCCGGCCCAUCACGUACGAGACCGUUGCAAUGCCAUGUCGGUUAAUGGCUGUACAAUGUGCAGGUUAUUUGCUGCUGGGCUGGUACUUGGAACACGUCUUUCCAAGGACUUUCGGUGUUCAGGAGAAGUGGUACUUUAUUGUCCAGCCGUCAUAUUGGAUGCCCAAAAAGAUUAAUUUAUCGGAAACCGUCGAUGAAAAUGAAGAAACAAUGCGUCUGACAGAUAUGGACGACGAAUCUUUUGAUAGCGGCAUUGAUGAUACGCUUCGUGAACAGUCCCUUACUGAGUACUUAGAGCACUUUUGUCCUACUCUUUUUGUGAAAUCGCUUUCGAAAACGUAUCCAAACGGUAAAGUAGCGCUGAGUAACGUCUCGUUUGGAGUUCGAAAAGGUGAAAUAUUUGGACUUUUAGGACCGAAUGGAGCUGGCAAAAGUACGACAUUGUCGAUAUUGAGUGGCAUGUUGUCUCCUACAAGUGGAGAUGCGUUUGUAAGUGGAUCAAUCAGUGUCGCGGCAAAUCCUCAAACGAUUCGACAAAGUUUAAGCGUCUGUUUUCAACACAAUGUAUUGUUCGAUAAUCUAACGGUUUGGGAACAUCUUUCUCUUGUAUGUGCAUUGAAAGCUACAAUGGGUGUUAAGACUGUGACGGAAGCAACGUGGCGUAGUCGGUUGCAACAGUUUCGAUUGGAAGACAAGUCGGACGCUAUGGCAAAGACACUUUCUGGUGGUCAGAAGCGAAAAUUGUCUCUCGUCUUAUCUCUUUUAGACUCAUCUCGUGUGCUCUUACUGGACGAACCAACAGCCGGUAUGGACUUGAAAGCGCGACUUGAUACGUGGGACGCACUAAAACGUGCUGUCACGCACCGAGCAGUAAUUUUAACGACUCACUCAAUGCAAGAAGCGCAAGCCUUGUGCGAGAAUAUUGGUAUCGUAGCUGAGGGAAAGCUCAAAUGUUGUGGCUCGAGUUUAUUUCUUCGAAAUCGCUACGGUGUCGGAUACAAGCUCACAGUGGUGUAUCAUGACGACGUUAAGCGUGGGGAAGAGUGGAACGAGGCCCUGAUGACGACUCUGGAGAAGUAUGUUCCAAACGCGGCAAUUGUGAGCGACAAUAAGUGGGAAACACGCGUGCAAUUGAACGAUGGGGACGAACGACGCUUUGCAGAGCUCUUUCGAGAACUUGAGAUCAUGAAGAAGAGCCGAGUGAUCAAACGCUAUGCGAUCGCAGCGACUAGUUUGGAAGAUGUAUUUGUUAGAGUGACAGAAGGCGAAGACGUGUAUUAUCACGCGAAAGAUGCUGUUAAAGACGAUGCUAGAAGAAAUGAUGCUCGACAUGUGGGUGAACUGGGCAAGAUGGAGGCAAAGAUGGAGCAAGUCAAUGGCAUCCACCGACAAGCGAAAGGGUGGCAUCCAAUCUGGUCGCAACUCUGGGCACUGAUACUCAAGCGAACUAAAGUCACCUUUCGCGACAAGAAAUCACUUUUUGCACAGUACAUGUGGCCUAUCGGUUUUUUUGCGAUAGCAAUGGCUGCUUUUCAGCACGUGUUGGAUUCGAAUGGAUCUAUAGAGACCGUCACGGCUUUGGCUUCGUCUGCAAAAGACGCCUCACUCUUCAUUGCUUCGCCGUCUAAUAUGACUAAUUCAGUCAUGGAUCUUGUGGCACAACUCGAGCACAAACCGCAACCAGUUGUGUUCAAUACAACUGUGAGCACUGAGCUGGAGAUGUUACAUGCGAUCGCUCAUAAGAACUCAACUUUUUUUGCUGGUAUCUUUGUUUCGAACGUCAAUUGGACAUCGGAAUCUUCGUUGCUGUCUCCUCUAAUUACAUACUCAUUAUUUUAUAAUGAAAGUGUGCGUCGUGCAUUGCCUGUGACGCUGCAAUUGAUGUCUGAAGCAUAUUGUAGAGUCCGUGCGAAGUUGGAGGAUUCUCCUGAUAUCAAUAAUUGUAAUUUGGUAGUCAAGCGAGGUAUUUAUGAACCUGAUGUCGUGAUUGGCACAGGAUUGACUCAGAAUGAACAAGAUGGCGUCAUGAUUGAUCCAGAUGAGGCCUUGAGCAUUGUGCGACGUAUCAUGGUGGCUUUUUAUCUGCUGAUGACUAUGAGUACAAUCGCUGGGUCUUAUGUUGGACCCAUUGCGCGAGAGAGGGAAAGUGGUUUAAAACGGAUGCAGUACCAGCAUCUUGAAACGGCUUACGCGUCAUCUUUAUACUGGCUAUCACACUUUCUGUUUGACUACGUGGUAUACAUACUGGCAACGCUGACCAUAUGCCUCGUUCUAGCUGUCUUUACGAACUGUUUAACAACUGAGAUUUUGAUCGUGUGGUUUGCCACAAUGGCCGUCUUCGGCCUCGCAGUUAUUCCUGGUCAAUACCUUAGCUCUCUCGUCUUUGCGUCGCAUUCAUCGGCUCAGUCGUACAUGUCGUACAUAUCAUUCUUUCAGAUUAUGGCUGCUGCACUCUCGUUUGCCUUGUCAUUAGUUCCAGGACUGUGCGUCAAAGCCAAUUACUUUUCAUACGUUAUGCAAGCUUUCCCCUUGUAUGCGUUUGGUACGGCAACAUUGAAUAUCGUGACCGUGUCGUGGGCGCCAAUGCGACGUCAGUGUUUGAAUAUGGGUGGUGAAUUUAAUAUAAUGGAUCCAUUCGCUAUGCUGCAAAGUCUAAUUAGCCAACAUACAGUAUCGGUGUGGUCAUGGGAUGUCACGGGGAGUAGUUGGUGUGCACUGAUUGUAUCCGGCGUCGUGUCUACGUUGCUUCUCUUACUCGUGGAUCAAAACCAAAUGUACCCAACGGUUGUUAAACAAUUAAUACGAUCGCGUUUACGUGCGUUGCAACGCCUUUUGCCUCACGGACAUGGCUACAGGGCAGCUGAACAAACUCCAUUCGAUGACGAAAUCGAUCAAUCAAAUAUGGUACGUGCGAUUCGCAUCUCGCACGUGUAUAAUCCUCGUAAAUCGACAUCAUUAGAAGCAGCAGCAGAAGCUAACGCUGAACAAGUGGCGCCCGUUACGAUGCAAAGUGGCCAAGUUGUAGCGCUGGAUAAUGUGAGUUUUUCCGUCGAAAAACGUGAUUGUGUAGCGCUUUUGGGCGUGAAUGGGUCUGGCAAAUCGACUAUGUUUGAAAUCUUGACAGCAGGAAUCGCACCAACGAGUGGGAGAGCACUGAUAGAUGGUUGUGAUGUGACUGCCCAGCCUCGAGAAGCUAGCAGUCGAUACGGCUAUUGUGCUCAAGGAAAUCAGUAUUUUGAAGACUUAACUGUGCGUGAGCACCUCGAACUUUUUUACCGCCUCCGCGAGUAUCGAUCGAAUGAGUUGAAGGUGGAAAGUGUCGUGAUUGAUAAACUGAUGCAGCGCCUGGAUCUGAUUCCAGUAGCUACGACGGCAGCGACUUAUUUGAGUGGCGGCAAUAAGCGACGAUUGAUGCUGGCACUAGCACUUUUGAGCGACCAAACUUCACUGUUGCUACUGGACGAACCGUCUGCUGGCGUUGAUGUCGUAGCACGGCGUCUCAUGUGGCGUGUAUUGCAUGAGAAGCGCGAGAGUGUGAAUAGCACGAGCUGUCUGUUUACAACUCAUAGUAUGGAAGAAGCUGAAGCAGUGUGUGCGAAUGCUGUUGUAUUGUUUAAAGGAAAAGUUGUAUGGUGUGGAAGUAUCCCUGACUUAAAACAGCGCAUUUCACGCGGUAUUGCAAUCAGUGUGCGUCUCGACAGUUUGUCCAUCUGGAAAACUGAGCAAGUGCAGCAGUAUACUGAGCUCAUUCAACGGUCAUUAAAAGGAUGGACAAAAGACUUCGAGCAAACUGCUAUAAAAGUACGUCAGCUGAAUGAAGCGUGGGAAGUAUGCAACAACCAUUUUUACGAAAAGGGUGAUGCAGCGACAGCGGCGGCAACUCGACAACAUGUUGAGACGUGGCUGGCAGGCCUUCGGUCUCGAUUUGAGUCGGACAGUUAUGAUCUUUUGACAUCAAACGAGACGGAACCAGUCAUUCCGAUCCUUGAAUUCGUGCAGGAAUGGCUCUUACGAGAAGCAUUUGUCCGACUUGAGACGCAAUUCUUUCAAGAAUUUACAAAACGAUCAGGAGAAGCGGUAGUGUCGGCGAAUCUUGAUACUGCUUGUGGAAGUGGCAGCAACUCAAAUGGUGUGUAUGAAACAACGUGUACUGAUGAAUUUAAUCUGGCAGAUGUGUUUCAACUCUUAGAAGACAACAAAGAGCGCUUUCACAUUGCGCAGUAUAGUGUGAGCGAGCUCUCACUUGAGCGCAUCUUUGAACAGUUUUCAGAAAUUCGAUUUUUUAUAUGGGUAUCGUUUCUCAAUCAUUGUACCCACGACGUUAACUUGUACGACAAUAGUGUCACUGAGGUUAUUACAACGGGAUGCACUACGUCUCGUCACCUGGCCAAUGGCUUUAGCGGAAUGUUUCGUGAUGGUUUAAGUCCCGAAGCGACUUUAGCUCAGUUUGCCAUCAGCGGUGGCAAAACUUGGUAUGCUAUCAGUACUGUUCCUCCUCAAGCAGGAAAUUGCACUAGUUAUGAUGAAUGUGCUGAACUUUCGGGUAUGAAAGGCUACAAUGUUGCUAUGCACAUCAAUCCCGUUAUUGGUACCACGGCUGUAAAUGCUGAAUGUACGGCUGUAAGCUGUUUGAGUGCCGAUUGUGAAGGAGCCUAUUUGUAUCCGACCGAUUACACCAAGUUACAUAACUGUCUUGAUACCUUUGCGUUUCAAGUGAUCUUUUGCCCUGAUGAGUCAAGUUUAGUCACCUCCGCUAUCACAUCGUCAACCUCUUUAAAUGUCGCCGACAAUCACGAUCAAUGCUCUCGAUCGCCUUCUGUGCCAAGUGUUGAUUUUCCAAUCACGACUAACAUAAAUCACAAAUCAAGUGGAGGUUACGUAGCGAGAGACUUUUCCAAUGCAUCUAUCAGCUCGAGCUUCGUCUACAGCGGUAUAAAUGCUGGUUCCGCCGGUGGUACCUAUCGUAAAGUUACGGAAAUAGGUACCUGCACGACCGAGGAGGUUUUUAGUAAAGAUCCUGUCGGUCCCAUGAUGUUUACAGGAUCCAUUGAGCAAAACUGGAGUAAAGUAUCGUCUUACGAUGCUAGCGCCGGCAUUCAGGACAACUUAGUGUUUAUGAGUAAUCUGAAUGUUGAUUACACUGGAGCUAAUUCAAGUCCUCAGGGUUACGCGACGGCUAAUGCGACGGCGACUGCAACAGAAUCAACUCUUUUUAAUGGCUGGCUUGCAGAUGCCGCUGACACUUCGAUUCGUGGUGGUGGUCCAUGUGUUUCCACUGGUUAUCAUGGAUGGAAUGGUGGCAUGAAGAUGUUUGUAACCAAAGUUCAGAUGCCGAUGGGAUCGACGGCGAACAUGCCAGCUAUUUGGCUCCUUAAUGCUCAGGUUGUGCGUGCGAAUCAAUACGGCUGCAAUUGCCGUGGGUGGGGAGCUUAUGGUGGCUGCGGUGAAAUUGAUAUUUCGGAGACAACUACGCUGCUCGCCCGAUAG